CUCAAACCAGCUUUCUCAAGAAAUCGAAAUUCCCUAGAGAUUGGAGAAAAAGAGUAAUACAAAAAGACGUAUUGAGAAAAAUUGCGAGCGAAAUCUAUAACGAUACAUAAGGAAUUUUCUAGACUUUGGUUCAUUCGUUGCGAAUAUUUUGAUUAGGGUGUUCUAGUUCUCGAUCUGGUUGACGAUUUUUUGAUCUGAAAAAGGGGGAUAGAUUUUGUUUUAUCGAUCGAUCGAUCUUUAAUUUGUUAGGGUUUUAUUUCUUCUCUUUGGAUUUGAUUUAGUUGUACUAUGAACGAUCAGAAUUCGAUGAUUAAUCAAGCUCAAAUGAUUAGUAUGAACCAUCCGCAGAUGGCAAACCAGCCUCCUCAUGUGAUCAACCAACAACAGGUGAUUAAUCAACCUCAGUUUCUGAAUCAAAGCCAGGUAAUGAGCCAUUCUCAGAUAAUUUCGCCAAAUCUUUUGCCGCAGCAGUCUCAGGCCAUGUUGCAGUCCGGGAGGAUCAUCAGUCAGACUCAGCCGCCUAUGAUGAAUGGCAACUAUAAGGUAUGGGGUCACCCGCAGGCUCCUUUGGAUCCUAACAAGAAGUACCGUAACUUCCCGAAGCCUAACUAUGGAAAUAUGAAGCAGUCAGGGUCGGGGCGAGGCAAUUGGAAGGGAAAAGGUGUUAGUGACAAGAGGAUAAAUAAUAGGAGAUCGGUAAAACCCUUACCGGGUUCUCUAAGUGCUCAAAAUAAUGGUGGAGGGUAUCAACCUCCAAGUCUUUAUGAGUUGCAGUCUCAAAAUCGUAACAAAGCUCGUAAGUUCUAUUCAAAAAAGAAGUUCAACAACAGGUUUGCACCUUAUGCACCUCGGAAUACAUCGUCUUUUAUAAUUCGUGCUAAAAAGUCUGGUGGGAUCGCUUCACUUGUGUCUCCUUGUCCUGUAACUCCAGCAGUACUCCCUUCUCCAAUGUUCUCCCCUUCGAGGGAGGCGUUGGGUGAUAUGGCGAAAGAAGAAUGGGGUGUCGAUGGUUAUGGAUCAAUGAAAGGGUUGAUUAGGCUUCGAGGUUCUGAGCAUAAGGCGGAAGUGCAGGUGGAAGAAGAAGAGGAAGGCAGUGGUGGGUCGAGUGAUAGUGAUGUAGAGGAACAUUUGGAGGUAGAACGUAGAUUGGAUCAUGACUUGAGCCGGUUUGAGAUGAUAUAUCAGAACUACGGAGUAGAGUACAAUAACUGUUUGGAAAACACGGUUGAUGAUCAGGAUAGCCAUAUAGCUCAGUUGGAAGAGGAGAACUUGACACUGAAGGAGAGACUUUUUAUUAUGGAAACUGAGGUUGUUGAGUUGAGGAGGAAGUUGCAACUUCUCGAGGGGGGAAACGCAGCUAUUGACGAUGUGAAUGAGGAAGUAGUGGAGAACGUAUCUGAGAAUGAGAGUGAUGGAGGGUUGGAGAUGGAGUAUGUAUCUGAAAUUAGACAAAACCAAGAUAUUGAUGUUAAUUCUAAGGAGGAAGAUGAAGAAGUCUUAGAGAUUGAGGGGAAAUCGUAAAUAGGAAUGCAUACACUACCAUAAUUGUGGGUAUAGAUUACACUUAAAUUUAAGAAAUGGAAAGAAAAAUAGAGGGGUGCUGGCGGAUGACAAUUAUUUACUGCAAUCUAUUUGGUUAAUUGAAACUAAUUUCUGAAAACCAAAUUCGUUGUCCUUUAUUUUGCAUUUCAAAGCCAGCGGUUGCCUUUCUUCUCCUUGAAAUCUCUUUUACCUCUUACCCACCAUGGAAUAGCCUUAGCUUGCUUACCAAGAAAGUAGUUAACGAUCCUGACGUUCAAAGUCACUGCAAUUGAGAUUGAAGUGGCGGCCACUGAAACGGCUUCCCGUCGUAUUCAGGAAGUUUAAUUUUGCUUGUGGUGAGAGAAUGUGAAGGGCUAUGAUGGGCCGUGGCUUGGAGACAGGGAAUGAUAUGAGUUAACUGGUUUCUCUGAUCUUUUCUUCCUCUUGGUCUUGAUGAGUUAAGCCAAGGCAACAUCAAUUAGUGUUGUGAUGGUAAUAGCCCAUUAUGACAAUGUUGAUGUUUCAGAUCUAUGGUCCAAUGGUGAACACUAGUUGUUAUCUAACUCAUCACUAAAUUGUUGUAAUUUGGUUACUCUUGAUUUUCUAAUGAUUGAAGAUUAAAAAAGGUUAUGAACGUUUUCACUAUGAGCAAGAAAUAAACUCUUGAUUUAUAGGAAGCUAGGAUAAACCAUCAAUUUAAGACUCUCAUUGAUAGUUCCCUAUGAUUUUUCUUUAAUUGAGAAAUAUACCUCAUAACUUGUACGCACAUGGUUUAUGUCGAUUCUAUUUCCUUUCUUUCCUUAAUGGCUUGGGUUUGUGAAUUCUAUUUCUUCUUUAAUUGAGAAAUAUACCUCAUAACUUGUACGCACAUGGUUUAUGUCGAUUCUAUUUCCUUUCUUUGCUUAUUGGCUUGGGUUUGUGAAUUCUAUUUCUAUUUGUUCCUUGAUGGCGGGGCUUCGUCACCUCUAUUUCUCCUUUUACAUUGGUCUUGUUGUGGAUGGCUGUUAAGUUAAAUUUAAUAUUGUGCUUGAAUCGUUGGUAUUGGAAGUCAGUAUGCAAUAAUGGUCCUACUUCUCUUAAGCAGAGAGAGGAGUCUGACAUUUGCAAGGUAAGGCAUUUGCUAUUAAACCUAGAGGUGUCAUUGAAAUCUAUUUUCCAUUGUUAUUAUCUUGGAAGCUUUAUGGUUUCUUUUGUGACAUAAACACCUCUUACUCUUAUUUGAUUUGGAUUGUGCUUUGAUUGAAGGAUAGAGGGAAGUGAUUAUCGAUAAUGAUGGGUAUAUUCUCUCUCCCUUUUUUUACAAUAAGUAUAUUAGCAGCAAAAUUUACUACAUGUUCUUCUAUAUUGAAAGGAAAGACCAAAAAAUGCAUAGGGUGUCCAUGAGCAUAUCUGCAAGAUGAUAAGGUGAUGAACUAAAAUGACUCACAAAAACCAUAUCAUUAAAGUGGGAGCCCGAGACAUACAGGGAAGGUAUGGUUAUGAUUUAUGCAUUUCUGAAGUAUAGUCAUUUUGUUACAAUGGAGGCUAUAUUUUUUACUUUCUGGUAUAUGCUUCAUAUUGUUGCAGUAGCACUUAAUGUGUGUAAUAUUAAGUCAUCAUUUAUAAUGCACUUAGUAUGGACAUUCUUUAUAAUGCUAUGUGAACUUUUCAAAUGGCAUACCCUUUUCAACAAAGCUCUCCAAACCUUGUUUGUAAUAUUUGCAUUUUUUGAUAUAUGUGCUGUUGUCUCAGGUUCAUUGUUGAUAUUGGGCAUCCUUUGACAAAGAUUUAUUUUGUAUGGUAGAAUUUUAUUUGCCACUUCCAUUCUCUCUAAAUUUUCAGGAAUUUUGAUUGCUUUAGAGAUCUUUUCAAGAGGAGUAAAUUUGAAAUUUUGAAGAAACAACAGUUGUCUUAACCUAAACUUUCUUUAGGUGCAUUCCGCAUGCACACUUGACUAAGACCCUUAUAUUUGAGGUGCAAAUCCGAUGUGUCAAAGACAAUUAUGUAAUGGAUCGUGCCCAACUUUAGGUAGUCCUGUCAAUUAGAAGGAGGGCCUCUCUCAUGCUAGCUAAUGAUCAGUUUUAUUAACUCUGAGGUUUAGUUCUUUGAGUAAUUUAUACUUGACAUACUAUUAGUGGGGUAUAUAAAUGCUUUCAUGUGUAUCUUGAAACAUGUACUAUAAAUGGUUCUUAUCUGAAUCUGCUAUGCCUUCUUUUACGUCUUGAGUUGGAGAUUAAGUGAUAGUGAAGGAUGAAAUUGGGUAAGCCAUAGAUGAGCAUCUUUUCGAAGAUGUCAAAGCAAAACAUCGAAGAAAUGAAAGGCAAACUUGUUUUGGAGAAGUAAAAUGAAUGCAAGCAUUUGGUUGAGAAGUUGGUUAAUAUUUUACACACAGGUUCGAAGAUUGGAAACGAGGCCAUAGUGAAUGACAGCACAAUAGAGUUGUCCCUGUAAUGAUAGUUGUGGAUGUAAAGGCAGGCUGUGAAGACUCGAUGGAGAUUUCCAAAUCAGGAAGCAAAGAAGAUAUCUUUCCUUAUUGCAAAUUGAAAGCAUCUUUUGUAUGCAUUUCUAAUGAAAACAUAUCUUAAAAAUCAACUGUGGUAAAUGAUUGGCCUACUCGCCCGAAGUGCUUGCAUAAUUGAUUAAUUUUGUGUAAAACGUAAGGUAUUUCUUGAUGAAUUGUUUUGUUCGAAUUUCAUGGUUGUUGUUAUCUUCCGCAGCUUCUUAGUUGCAUAUUUAUUUCUCUUGUUUGAAAAGGCUGAUGUUUCUCAAUCAAGUCUGCUUCAUGUUUAGCCUAUGUUCGCCUUGCUAGUUUCUUGGUUGUAUAUUUUUUGUCCUUAUUUUCUUUCUUUUGGUGCAGUCUACUCGGUGGUUCAUGGGAUGAGUCUUCCAAAGAUGCUUGUUUGUGCUUUAUAUCCUGAUUUUAUGCAAUUUCUAAAUUUAUCAAUACUUUAGCAUUUUGUAUUCUAACUUCCAAGUGUUAUUUUGUUAUGAAAAAUAUUUGGGCAUAUUCUAGAUAUGAUAUCAUUAAUGUGAUAUUUUCUCCAACAAUUUUGAGGA